AUGCCAUACAGUAAGACUGCUAUCCUGUCUGUUUAUGACAAGACAGGUCUAUUGGAUUUGGCUAAAGGAUUGGCUGAAAAUAAUGUCAGAAUUUUAGCUUCAGGUGGUACUGCUCGCAUGGUUCGUGAAGCGGGUUUUCAAGUUGAGGAUGUCUCAUCAAUAACACAUGCACCAGAGAUGCUAGGCGGUCGUGUUAAAACUCUUCAUCCUGCGGUGCACGGUGGUAUUCUUGCAAGGAAUUUAGAGUCAGAUGAGAAGGAUUUAAAGGAACAAGGUAUUGAAAAAGUUGACUACGUUGUUUGCAACCUUUAUGCGUUUAAAGAGACUGUUGCUAAGGUCGGUGUGACAGUUCCUGAAGCGGUUGAAGAAAUUGACAUUGGUGGAGUUACCCUAUUGAGAGCCGCCGCUAAGAAUCACGCCAGAGUCACUAUUUUAUCUGAUCCUAAGGACUACCCACGCUUCUUGAAUGAAUUGUCUAAAGGUGAGAUCACUGAGGACCUAAGAAACAAGUUGGCAUUGAAGGCCUUUGAACACACUGCCGACUAUGAUGCUGCUAUUUCUGAUUUUUUCAGAAAGAAGUAUUCUGAGGGAAGAUCCCAAUAUCCUUUACGUUAUGGUGCCAAUCCUCACCAGAAGCCAGCCCAGGCUUUUGCUCUAAAGCAGGAAGAACUUCCAUUCAAGGUUCUGUCUGGUUCUCCAGGCUACAUUAACCUACUAGAUGCAUUGAAUUCUUGGCCUUUGGUGAAGGAGUUAUCGGCUUCUUUGAAUUUGCCUGCUGCUGCUUCUUUCAAGCAUGUUUCUCCUGCAGGUGCAGCAAUUGGUUUACCUCUCUCAGAGGUCGAGAAGCAAGUAUACUUUGUUUCCGAUAUUGAAAACUUAUCUCCUCUAGCCUGUGCAUAUGCUAGGGCACGUGGUGCCGACAGAAUGUCAUCCUUUGGUGACUGGAUUGCUCUAUCAAACAUUGUGGACGUCCCAACUGCCAAGAUAAUUUCAAAGGAAGUCUCAGAUGGUGUAAUUGCACCAGGGUACGAACCAGAGGCUUUGGAAAUAUUGAAGAAGAAAAAAUCUGGUAAGUACUGUGUUUUGCAGAUUGAUCCAAACUAUACUCCAGAGGCUCUAGAAUCGAGGCAAGUUUACGGUGUUACUUUGCAACAAAAGAGAAAUGAUGCAAUUAUUAACAAGUCUUCAUUCAAGGAAAUUGUCUCUGCUAACAAAGAUUUGACCGAAACUGCCAUUGUUGAUUUGACUGUUGCAACCAUUGCCCUAAAAUACACUCAAUCUAACUCUGUAUGCUAUGCAAAGAACGGUAUGGUUAUCGGUUUAGGUGCUGGUCAACAAUCUAGAAUUCACUGUACUAGAUUGGCAGGCGCGAAGGCAGACAACUGGUGGUUGAGACAGCAUCCAAGAGUUUUGUCAUUUAAAUGGGCCAAGGGCGUCAAGAGACCCGAAAAAUCCAACGCAAUAGACUUAUUUGUAUCUGGUCAAGUCCCAACUGAAGGUCCUGAGAGGGAAGAGUACGAAUCUAAAUUUGUGGAAAUUCCUCAACCGUUCACUGCAGGAGAUAGAAAGGAAUGGUUGUCCAAGUUGAGCAAUGUCGCUCUUUCUUCUGACGCUUUCUUCCCAUUCCCAGAUAACGUCUAUAGAGCUGUCAAAUCUGGUGUCAAAUAUAUUGCUGCACCAUCGGGGUCUGUUAUGGAUAGAGCUGUUUUUGCUGCUGCUGACUCUUUUGACUUGGUUUACGUUGAGAAUCCUAUCCGUUUGUUCCAUCACUGA